AUGAUUUUAAUUAAUCUGAUUUUAUUUCUUCAAUUGACAUUAGUAAUUAGUUUAAUAUCAUGGAAGAAUUGUAAUAGUAAAACAAAUGAUAUUAAACUAAUAAAUCUUACAGUAAGUCCUGAUCCAAUUAUAGUUCCAGGAUUAGUUUCAAUAACGAUUACUAUAUAUACUCAUCAAAAUUUCACAAGUCCAGUAAAGGCAGUUUUAUCAUUAGAGAAAAAAAUUCUAAUCGGUUAUUUUCCGGUGCCAUGUUUCAGCAUCGGUUCAUGUACAUAUGAAGAUCUUUGUACUCUAUGUACAAAAUGUAAUUGUUCGAUGGGAACUGGAGAACAUACAUUUAAUCUACCGAUUACAAUUGAUUCUAGUUCAUGGAUGCUUUCUGGAAAUUAUCAAGCACAAAUUAAUUUAGAAACUAGUACAAAACAAAAAGGUUGUGUUAAAAU